AUGGCUUUUGUUUUGGUUGCUGUUAAUUUGCUGGCUGGAAAGGAAGGCGUAAGCAUGAUGAUGGAUAAACAACCUGCUGACACUAAGAGAGAAUUGAAAUUCCAUGAGGACGAGGAUGCAGCCCUGGCCUCCACCCUUAUUCCUGCCUCCUCUUCUUCUGUUAAAAUGCCUGAAACUUUAGAACCAACACUGAAACGUGGUGCUUCACUGGAUAGUUGUCAUGUUCAAAAUUGUAAUACUACAUUCUCCUAUCGAGAACUUGCUUCUGCAACAAAAAAUUUCAGGAGAGAGUGCCUUAUUGGAGAAGGCGGUUUUGGGUCCAUAUAUAAAGGGAAGAUAGACAGCACCGGUCAGGUCGUAGCUAUUAAAAAGCUAGAUCCUUCAGGACUUCAAGGGUCUAAAGAGUUCCUUGUGGAGGUUCUCAUGCUCUCUCUUUUGCAUCAUCCUAACCUUGUUGAUUUAGUUGGUUUCUGUGCCGAGGGGGAGCAACGUCUUCUUGUAUAUGAACUCUUGCCUUUGGGUUCACUGGAAUAUCAGCUCCAUGAUCUUCCUCCUGAUAUGCAGCCACUGGACUGGAAUACAAGGAUGAAGAUAGCAGCUGAUAUAGCUGAAGGGUUGGAUUACCUUCACAACCAAGCAGACCCACCUGUAAUCCACAGGGACCUCAAGUCAUCAAACAUACUAUUAGGUGAAGGAUUUCAUCCAAAACUUUCUGACUUUGGGCUUGCAAAGUUUGGUCCGCCCAAGGAUAAGUCUCAUGUUUCAACAAGGGUCAUGGGAACCCAGGGAUACUGUGCACCUGAGUAUUAUGACACAGGAAAACUGACCACGAAGUCUGACAUCUACUGUUUUGGUAUUGUCUUGUUGGAAAUAAUAACUGGACGUAGGGCAGUGGAUACAACUGGGGAACAUGGAAAUCAGAAACUUCUUGAAUGGGCUCGUCCUCUGUUGAAAGAUCGCAAGAACUUGAGGCAAUUAGCUGAUCAAAAAUUGCAAGGCCAGUUCUCAGAUUAUGUUUUACGCCAGGCUAUAGAUAUUGCAUUGAUGUGUCUUCAGGAUAAUCCCCAAUCACGGCCUUCCAUACAAGACUUGGUGUCUGCUACGAAGUACCUAGCAACCCAGAAAUUUGGCCGACAUGCAGCACACGCCACUCGAGAUGGUAAGCGGAAUGACGGGAGAGUAUCUAGAGAAGAAGGCAAACAAGAGUUAAUCACAGCUGUUCAAGGCGCUGAGGAUGCUUCACCGGAGUUGAACACAUUUACAUCAAACAAGGACCAAGAACGGGCGCAAGCUAUUGCAGAAGCCAAGCAGUGGGGAGAAAGUUGGAGAGCUAAAAUGCAAUUGUGUCGGCAGAUUGAAUCUGAUGACCUCUGAUAGCAUACUUCAGAUUGCAUUUCCUUCUUGAUCUUAUAAAGUUACAAUGCUUUAAGGAAAAAAAUCUGGUAGUUUAGAACCAAAA